UCCAGUGAAGCUCUCAUUCGGCCGUCGUCGUCAGCCGCUGCUCCUUCUCGCCGCGACCACUCAAGUCCUAAGCUCCACACCACGCCACUUCCACUCCCCUACUCCACUCAACCACACUUCCUUUCCUGAGGCGCAAGCCAGCCCUACUUCCAUUUCUUGAUCAUCACCCCCAAGCACACAAUCAGUCAUUCCUUCCUACACAAAUCAAGCUCUUCAUUCCUCCAGCACCAAACUUGAUCAGCCGUGUUUUUUUCUUGUUCCAUCUCUGCCCCCGCCUCUUCGUCUCGCGACGUCUCCUGCCGCUUUAAUCGCAGACGCACUUACCCUCAUAGUUACCACGGAAACUGGAAGGCGCGAUUUGUUUGCCUGUCUCCCUCUUCACGUGCGAGUUAUGCUGGUGGCGCGUGUGAUAGUAAUACUAGUAUCGCCCGCCUGAUAGCGCUCCGUUUGUUAACAGAUCAUAACUAGACUGCUAGUAACGAGCGACGUCGCCGGUUGCAUGACAGCGGCGUCUGUCGCGUCAGACCAUAACGCAUCGCGCGACCGCAACAACAAGCCCUCGCUUUCGCGAUCAUCCAUCGGACGCAUAAUGCUCGCCAUUCGUCGCUCCUUCUCUCUGCUCCGUCGCGACCCGACGUGGUCCGACGCGUGCGCCAUGCCGCCCAUGAUGGACAUCGGCCAGCCAUUCAACGUGCGCCACGUGGCGCACGUCACCUUCGACCGCCAUCGCGGCUUUCUCGGGCUGCCCGAGGAAUUUCUCAAGCACGUCGACGGCGAGCCGCCCAGCGCCAGUCUGUCCGUGUUCGGCGUGCGGCCGGAGUCGAUGCAGUGCGCCAUGGACCGCCAUGGCAACGAGGUGCCCACCAUUCUGCUCAAGCUCCAGGCGCGCCUCUACGACCUCGGCGGCCUCUCGACGGAGGGCGUGUUCCGGAUAUCCGGCAAGAUGGAGCAUGACCAGCGCGUGCGCGAGCAGAUGAGCGCGGGGGUCGUCCCCGUCGACAUGGACGUGCACAGCAUCGCCGCCCUUAUCAAGUCAUGGUUCCUCGAGCUCCCCACAGGUCUCCUAGACUCCGUCUCGCCCUCCCGCCUCGCCAGAUCCCCCAACACGACGGAAUCGGCGGUCCUACUAGCCGCGUCGCUCCCCGCUACAGAGCGCGGGUUGCUGGACUGGGCGGUGAAUCUUAUGGCGGACGUGUGCGCGCACGCGGAGGAGAAUCGGAUGAGUGAGCGAAACAUGGCGGUGGUGUUUGCGCCGAAUAUGACCCAGGUUAGCGACCCUGCGGUGGCUCUGCAGCACGUGGUUAGGGUUAUGGAUUGGAUUAGGCUGCUCGUGGAGCGGAGGGUGGCGGAGAGGAGGGAGAAGGGGGAGGAGAGGGUGGAGAGCGGGGGGGAGAAGGGGGGGGAGAGAGGGAGGGUGAGGAGGGGGAGAAGCAAGGGGAGAGUGAGGUAGCACAGCGGGAGGAAGAGGAGGAGGAGAAGCAGGAGGAGAAGAAGGAGAAGGAGGAGGAGAAGAAGGAGGAGAAGGAGGGAUCAGUGGAGAGGUCUGUGGGCGGGGGAGCAGGGCCUGUUGAGACGUCUCUAACGGCAGCAGGGUCAAGAGCAGCAACAGUAGGGGGGAAGGUGGACGAGGCGGAGGUGAUGAGAGUGCAAGUGGAGAGAGCAGCAAGGGCGGAAGCUGCGGGACACGCAGAAGCGGAGAAGGGGGAGAUAGUGGCAGCAGCAAGGUUGGCUGGGGAGAGUGGCUGCACUGGCGAGGCGCAUGGGGGCCUGGAGGGCGGAGAAGACGGGGAGAGGAGAGAGGAGCAUGAAGCCACCACUGCUGCUGCUGCCACUGGUAACAACAGCAGCAGUGGUGGUGGUAGUGGCGACAGUUGUGACAGGGAUGGCAGCAGCGGGUGUGGGUUGACUGCAGUGGCUUCAGCUGCAUCUUUGAAACGGCCCACGGAUGGUGGGAGGGGGGAGGGAGGAGAGGAGGACGAGCACGUGCACAAGCGUACUCGCAGCAACGGCAGCGAUGGCGGUUGCAGCAGCGGCAGCAGCAGCAAGUAACAUGCCCUGUCACUCUAGCGAGAUGUGCGUUAUGGUUGGAAAGGAGAGUUAUGGAAAGGAGCAUGAUUCGUGCUCUCUCCAUGAGUUAGCACUUCCCAUAUGCAGUGUAUGAGCAACCAUUUGAUUCAUUCGUUUUGUAUGUAGGAUAUGUGGGGCAUGGGCCCAUUCAAACCACCACUGGAGUACUGGACACAGUUUGACUUACCUAGGGUUCGAUGAUGCUGUGAUGUGAAUAGCCAUUACCAUAGUCCAUGAGUUUGCACUUCCCAUAUGCAGUGUAUGAGCAACCAUUUGAUUCAUUCGUUUUGUAUGUAGGAUAGGUGGGGCAUGGGCCCAUUCAAACCACCACUGGAGU